AUGAAUACCAAGGAAUAUAUCAUAGAUGUGCUUCAACACCUUUACUUUCCUGUUCAGUUCAUGUUUGCCUCUGCUACAUUUCUACCCGGCACCAUUGUUUCCCUUCUCGUCUCUUCCAAUAUCGCUACUUUAAGUUCUGUCGACAAGUUCAAACAUGCAUGGUUUGCACGAUUUUGGGCAGUCUAUGGGCCUCGUGUUAGAGAGUCUGCAAGUACAAAUGCAGAGCCUAUGAUUAAAGCUGCUAGAGGUGUUGUACUAGAUAUUGGUCCUGGUAGUGGUGAGUGGCUACAUGUUUUUGAUAAAUCAAAGGUCACAAAGAUUUAUGGUGUAGAACCAAAUCGUGAUCAAUAUGAAGCUUUGAGACGGAGAAUUAAGGAGGCAGGUCUCACUGAUAUCUAUGAGAUUGCCGAAUGUGGAGUUGAGGGUCUGGCGGAAUGGGGCAUUGAAGAUGACAGUGUAGACUCUGUGGUUACCAUUUUGUGUUUGUGUAGUGUUGGACAACCCGAGGAAAUGAUUAAGGAUUUGUAUAAGAAGUUAAGAAAGGGGGGCAUAUGGGCAGUUUAUGAACAUGUGAUCAAGGAUCAGGGACAUUGGACUGACAAGUAUCAAUCUUUGAUCAAUAUCGCUUGGCCUCAUUUAUUUGGCGGUUGUUCCCUCAAGAGGGAUACGGAGAAGUCUUUGAGAGGAGUUGGAAAAUGGAGUAAGGUUGAUUUGACGCAUCCUGUUACGGAGGCUCCUUAUGCUGUCGUUCCACAUAUUAUGGGAACGCUGGAGAAGUGAUUGUCAUUCUUUCAAGUAUACUCCACGAGGUAGCCCCUGUGAGGAUUGAAAUUUAUGGCCAUCUUAUUUAGGGGACUCAGACGAGGGAUGUAUGCAAAUCUAUGAGGGAGAUUGUGACAAUGAAGAGGAAUGCGGAAUCACUGCUUAGUUGGUCCGAGGUUGCAAAGCUAUAGAGGGAAGAGGAAUUGAUCUUAUGUUGUUAUUGUGUUGGAUGUCUAAGCUCUUUUGAGAACUCCUUUUCAUUGUUUUACAACAAUUCUUUAAACACAGUGGAGCAGUCCACAUUUCAUGGAGAUAUCGAGAAUGUUCACAAUAAUCACAAUUAUCAAUGUUCAGAAAAUAACCCAUCCUGCUGUUCUUGAGUUAGUUAUUGGCUCCAAGCACGAAGUUGAGAGUUAUGAAAUUCAUCGUUGG